AUGAUGAUGGACUCGAACUCGUGUUCAUAUGUGGCCACUCAAAGAGGAGGUGUGGCCCUACUGUUUGAGGGCCACCGAUAUAAUAAGGUUAGGGACGGCAAAGACGGCACCGUUUACUGGCGCUGUUCGCGGGACAGACAGUGUCCGGGACGGGCCGUUACCGUCAAUAAUCGUGUAAAGAAAGCCAAUAAUAAGCACAAUCAUCCGCCAGAGGCGGCUCUCCGUAAUGGUUCGGCCAACUCGUCCAUUAUAUCUUCAUCGCAGUCGGCAUCGAUCGGUGCGUCCACUUCUAAAGAUCGUGUCGAUGAGGGACUCUUAGCGUCCAGUAUUGCACUGCACGACGCGAUUGAGGCCCAGGCGGCCGCCGCCGCCGCCUUUCCCUCCAUCGUUACCGAAACACUUAAAUAUUUAGCGGUCGCGAGCGGUAACCCGCAAAUGGCCGCCGCAUUCGCCUCCUCUAUGGCCUCAUUGAGCAGUCCUUCAAUGAAAAAUCUCGACCUCGCGCUCGGGGGUAGAAAUAUGCCCCUUCCUAUCGGAGGUCUGCGGCCAUUGAGAAGUGCUUAUGAUUUUGUGUCUGAAAUUUUAGGUAACGAUUAUUACGACAACAGUUCAGACGACGAACCCCUGAAUAUGGCGAUCAAAAACACGGGGAAUAUCCUAAAGAGACUCCGGUCUCUGAUGAAGAACUCUAGUUCUGUGACCGAAUCGAUUCACGCCUAUAUAGUGCCGUCCAAUGACUCGCACGGCAGUGAAUACAUAGCCUCGUGUGACGCCCGACGAGCCUUCAUAUCGGGCUUUGACGGGAGCGCCGGCACAGCUAUUAUCACCCAAAAGGACGCCCUUCUCUGGACAGACGGCCGUUAUUUCCUUCAGGCGGAGAAACAGUUGGACCACAACUGGAUUCUGAUGAAGGACGCCAUCCCAGGGACGCUCACUCAGGCCGAGUGGCUCUCCAAGAAACUCGCGCCCGGGAGUCGGGUCGGUGUCGACCCAUUUGUGAUAUCAUACGCCACAUGGAAACCAUUAGCGGCUCAAUUAGAGGCCGCCGGCCAUACAUUAGUGCCAAUAAGUGAUAAUCUCGUGGACGAGGUGUGGGAUAACAGGCCGUCGCCGCCAAACAAAACGGUCGAUCCAUUGCCUCUGACGUAUGCGGGGAAGAGUUGGAGGGAUAAGAUCGUAGAAAUACGACAAGAGAUGAUCAAUAAGGGGACGACAGCUCUGGUCGUGACAGCGCUCGACGAGAUCGCGUGGCUCUUCAAUCUGAGGGGAUCUGAUAUUGAGUUCAAUCCUGUUUUCUUCGCCUAUUCAGUGAUAACUCUCGACAACAUAUAUUUAUUUAUCGAUGAAAAUAAGUUGAGUCCCGCGGCGUCCAAACACUUACAGAUCGACAUCUCAUUAAAUCACCAAAACUCAGGCCUUUCUAUUGAAUUACGUCCCUAUAAAAUGAUCAAAGAGUUUCUUAAAUGGUUGAUCAGUCAACUGCCCGGAAAGAUAUGGGUAUGUGUUGUGUCUAAUGUGUUGCCAAUGGAUUUGGGAAAAGGGAUAAGCCAUAAGUCGAGCUAUAGUCUAGUCAGUGUAAUACCCGAAUCGCGAAGAGUUGAGUCCUUAAGUCCCGUUGAGCUGAAGAAAACCGUCAAGAAUUCGGUCGAAAUUGAAGGCAUGAAGAGAUCACAUAUCAAAGACGCGGUGGCGUUGUGUGAGUUCUUCGCGUGGCUCGAGGAGGAGGUGCCCAAAGGCGAUGUCAACGAAUUGUCCGCCGCUGAGAAACUGGAAGAGUUUAGAAGGACUCAAGAAGACUAUAUGGGCCCCAGUUUUGAGACAAUAUCCGCUUCGGGACCGAACGCCGCUAUCAUUCACUAUCGUUGCACUGAAGAGACAAACAGACCGAUCACUUUAGAGGAGAUAUAUUUAUGCGAUUCCGGCGCUCAAUUCAAAGACGGAACGACAGACAUAACCCGAACCAUACAUUUGGGAACGCCGUCCAGUUUUGAGAAAGAGUGCUUCACUCGUGUACUCAAAGGCCACAUAGCGUUAGCGUCGGCUAUAUUUCCACAGUUAUUAAAGGGAAAUAUGUUGGACACGUGCGCUCGCAAAGCCUUAUGGGAUGUGGGACUGGACUAUUUGCACGGCACGGGUCAUGGAGUGGGUAUGUUUCUCAACGUACACGAAGGCCCGAUGGGUAUCAGUUAUAGACCAAACGCCGACGACCCGGGACUCGUCGAAGGCAUGAUACUCUCUAAUGAGCCCGGAUUUUACGAAGAGGACAAGUUUGGGAUUAGGAUUGAAAAUCUUGUGCUCAUAAAAAAAGCAAACACUAAGUACAAUUUCCGAAAUAGAGGUUACCUUACGUUUGAAACAAUAACACUUGUGCCCAUUCAGACCAAACUUCUUCAGCCAUCGCUUCUAACCAGUGAGGAAAUCUCAUGGCUCGAUAACUAUCAUCAGACAUGUCGUGAUAUUGUUGGUAAAGCUCUCGAAGAACAGGGAAAAACAAAUGGUCUUCAAUGGCUUCUGCGAGAGACCCAACCAUUGGGUUGAGUGCAGCGAAUGAUUGAGUUUUGUUGUUAUGUAGUAUUAGAUCUCCGCUUGAAUUAAAGCAAAGAAAGUGCCAAAGCCUUCAAUGUCUUCAAAAUGCCUGCAAUUCAUUGUCCGAACGAAUCGAUUAAUUUAGGUCUCAAAAUGAUUUCCCUUUUAAAUAGUUUGUUAAAUAGUGACAUAAAAUGACUGAAUAUAUAUCAGACAAAUACAGAAUUUUUAAUAUAAUUUAUAAAUCACUCAAGAAUUCCAAUAAACAUUUAUAUAAACAGAAAUUUUAAGGUUUACUUUUAUUUAUAAAUAGGGAUUACUUUCUCAUAUUUAGGGCUUUUCUAAUAUUUUUAAUUACUUUUCAGGUUUUUAUAGAAAAUGUUUAUUUUGUCAAUAAAAUAGUUUACAAAUAUUUGCAUUUUUCUUAUGCAGGAA